UGGACUCAAGUCUCCUUCACGCUAGGGAGGAAAGCGGAUUCAGUGAAAUUCAGCAGCCGAAAAGCUAAAAUAUGGCAUUUUGAUAGCUAGGGUUUAUUCCAUUGGGAGUAGGAGGCAGAAGAAGCAGCAGUAUGGAGAGGAUUUCAGCAGCCUGCGCCAUGGAAUGGAGUAUUGAUCUUGAAAAGGGACUUCGCUCCAAAGUUGCUGGUGGGCCUGUUGAAGCCAUAUUACAGAUUGGACAGAGACUUGAGCAGUGGAAUAGAGAACCGGAACCAACCUUGCCUGUGUAUAAGAUGUUUGGCUUGGUUCCAGGGGAGGAUAGGCUGUUUGCUAACGCAAUACUUCUUCGACUAGCUGAGGCUUUUCGUGUGGGUGACCACAGUCUCAGGCACUCUGUUGUCAGGGUUUUCUUAUCAUUGAGGAGAUGUAACAAGAACAAGUACAAUGGUGGAAAAAAUUAUGGGAUUUUGUCAAAACACAGGGUACACAACCAAUCACAACUGCUGACUAGAGUAAAGAUUGUUUUUGAUAGUGGGGAUGUUCAAUCCAGAGCACUGACUUUAGUUCUUUUUGGUUGUUGGGCUGAUUUCGCUAAAGAUAGUGCUGAAAUUCGAUACAUCAUACUCUCGAGUUUAGUCUCCAGUCAUGUUGUGGAGGUGAGAGCCUCCUUUUAUGCUGCAGCAUGUUUCUGUGAGCUGUCUGAUGACUUUGCUUCUGUCAUCUUGGAGAUAUUGGUUAACAUGUUGUCUUCAUCUCAAAUGACGUCAGCUGUAAGGUUAGCAGGAGUGCGGGUUUUUGCUAAAAUGGGGUGUUCAUCUUCACUUGCACAUAGAGCUUACAAGGUGGGUUUAAAACUGCUCAUGGACUCUUCAGAAGAGCAUUUCUUGGUUGCAAUGCUGAUUUCACUCUCAAAACUUGCUUCUAUAUUUAGUUUUCUGAUUUCUGAACAGGUAGACUUGCUUUGCUCAUUUCUUACCCAAGAAAAAACCUUGCAUGUGAAAGCUAUGGCGAUAAGAUGUUUGCAUUUUAUCUUCAUAAGAAGUAUGUGUCAUUUUCCUGUUAGUGCAUAUAUAAUCAAAAUAUUGUUCAGCAUGUUAGAUGAUCCUGAACUUCCAUCAGACUUGCAAUGCCAAGCUCUACGGAUUUUCCAUAAGAUUGCAUUGUAUUCCUUAGCUAAUGACAGGGACAUACUUGAACUUGAUAAGCUGUUAACCAUCGUUGAGAAUGCAUCCAAGUCUCCAAUCACAUUGAAGAAAUUAUUAGUCAUCCGUGUUUUGGUAGAUAUAUCAGGCAAGCUUAGGGAAAGAAUUGGAAUUGGAUCUGAUGGAGCCAGUUCAACCCCUCUUCUCUCACAGAUCAUUGCAUUUGUCAUAGAUCAGGUUACCUCCUUGGUGAAGCCUAUGUUGGAUCUUUGUUGCACUAAUUCUGAAGUGGAAAAAGAAUGUCAAUGCUUGUUCAGCCUUCUCCUUCUUCUGGUUGAAGAGCAUCCUGACCUAGGUGUUCUAGCUCUAGAUAAAAUUCAUUUAUUUGUAGAGUAUCUGGUGAAUAUGCAUGAUGGAGUCAUGACUACAAGUAAAGCAAGUUUGUCAGUUAAUGAGAUUGUGGACUUCAAAGGAAAAACAAGCAUGUUCAUCAUGUCUAAGCUUGCAAUUUAUGUUUACAGAUUUGUGGUGUCUUGCCUCGAGCAUCUCAAGGAAACUGGGUCCAUCACUACUGAAGUAGUUCAUAAAGUGAAGCUUCUGGUUGAACAUGUGCAUCGAUGCAGCAUAUUUGAUUGCUAUAUACACAUGAUCUACUCUCUUCUGUUGUAUUCUUGUAUUGCUGGGGAUUUUGUGGUGAAUGAAAAUAAGGAAACUAACAAUCACAAUGAAAACUUGCUUGUAACUCUUGAUGAUCACUUGAUUGAGCAUGAAACCCUUGCCUUGGAGUGUGCAGAGAAGAUCUUGGCAGGGAUUGAUUAUUGGGAUGCUUACAAGGCUGGAAAAUAUGCAGCACACCAAGGAGCAUGGUUCACUGCUAGUUUUAUAUUUGAGCGGCUAAUGACAAAGGUUCAGUCUGAUUCCUGUCAUUGCUGGUUGAAAUCCUUGGCUCAGUUUUCUCAUUCUGAAAAGAAAAUACAACUGAUACUUUUACCAAAACAAGGCUCCAGUUUAGUCAAUUGGUUAGAGACAGAGAAAGUUUCUACCAUACAUUUCAAGGACAAUCCAGUUGAAAUUGCCCUAGAUGCUGCUGGGAACAUCAACUUACCUAAGUGCUAUGAGAAACUUGUUGAGGCUUAUUCUGGUCUUUGCUCUUCAUUGGAAGCUCUAGAAACCAUUGUCAAACCAGGUCAAGCCUUUUGCUUUCAGAGAUGGUUCUUAGCUUUAAGAGUGAAGGUUUUAGCAGCAGUGGUGGAUAUAGUUAAACUUUUAGGUACUGUUCCAUUUAACCAGGAUAAAAUUACCAAUGAACAGGUUAAGAGAAGUAUUCUGGUUGAAUAUCCACAACUUUUCCAACAAAUCAGUCAAGUUUCUUUUCAGUUGAAGAGGUUAGCACAAGAAUUUGAUUUACUGGCCACAUCCUUCAUUGGGAUGGACAGCAAAAGUUCAAAAAUCAUCUCAGCACUCGCCCUAAGUUGUUCAAUACUGGCCUUUAUUACUGGAUUCACUCUUUAUUUUCCAGAAAUACCUAUAUAUGAAAAUGUUACAACUUGCAGUUUGGAAGGCUUGGGAAGAUUUUCACAUGCAGUGCUCAUACAAGAUUUAAUUGGGCGACUGUGGCAUAUGGACCAUGAGAUGAUUGCAAAUCUGUGCCUGCUUUUGAAGGCGAGUGGACAGCCCAAGAGCUGUUGCCACUUGCAGUCUGGAAAUCAAAUAUGGAGCUCUGGUUGUGGAGUGAAAGAUGUUCUUACAGUUUGUAGAUAUGCUGUCACCAGGGUUGUUCACUUGCAAAAUGAGGCAAAUAAAGGGCAUAAUGAGGAGGAUCCAUCCCAACUUACUAAUGAUGGUUGGCAAUGUCUGUUGGAUGUAGUUACAAAAUGGAUGCACAUCCCUUUCCAAACUCCCAAAUACUUCUUUCAAGUAAGGCAGUGUGUUGGUUCAGAGCUCUUUGCUUCCAGUACAGACACCAGGAGUCCAGAUGGAAUAUCUAUCUUACCAGGCUUCCACCUAUCACUAAAUCUUUGCCUUCAACUGAAGAAUGUGCCACCAGAUCGCCCAAUUCAACUGACCAAGUUGUACUGCAUUCUAUAUUGUAAAGCAUCCUUCGCCAGACCCAAACCAAUCGAAGAAAACAAACAACGGAUGCAGUCGGGAUACCAUUCCUGGGAAAUCGACGACAUGAUUGAUUUGAACGAAAGUCUAUUCCAGCAUGUGACAGAGGACGGAAAGACUACCAAUACAAAGCUUAGAAGUGUCGACAAUGGCGAUGGUGGUGUAGUGAAAGCAUUUGUGUGUUUUGAACCAAACGAGAGAGGACAAGGGUUCUCAACUUGCUUGCUUGAUGUAUCUGGGUUUCCAGUGGGGUCCUACAAAAUCAAAUGGCACAGCUGCUGUGUUGAUGAUCAGGGUUCUUACUGGAGUCUUCUCCCCUUGAAUGCUCCUCCUGUCUUUACCCUACUUGAUCCACUGCAUGCUCCUGUCACCACAAAAUAAGCCCAUGUAAAAUAGGAAAGGACAUUUAUCAUAACAACUACUAUUAUUAGCAUGUUGUACAAAAUCUUUGCAGAUCAGCUGGUGGCCCAUGUGGGUGGGAAUGAAAGUUGUGACCUUGCUGAUUAUGUGGUCCAUUUAAAUAGAAGCUAUUUCUGACA